AUGUUCACUGUUCACUUAGUCCCCCCUCCCCGCCUCUCUCUUCCAUCUCUAGAUGUAUCGGUAAGCCUUUUGUCCCUUCUGGUCACCACCUGUGGUUUGGCUCUAUUCAGUGUCUCCCUCUUUGUCUCAUGGAAGUUAUGCUGGGUGCCACUGAGUGGCCGUUUCCUCCCAAAUGUCUUCAAGGGGGCGCACUGCUUGGGUGGAGACCAACAGCCUGUCCUCACAGAGGUGGAGGGGGAGGAAAGGGAGUACAGCGAGGACGACUGUGUGAAGGAGCCUUCAGGACCCCACUCGGCUGUGGCUGUCCCAGAGUCAGGACUAAAGAUAAGCCACACGUCACCGGACAUCCCCCUGGAGACCCAGGCUAAACUGGAGAAAAACCAGGUCCACACCCUGGCCAGGGACAGGGUCCAGAGGCAGAUUACUGAGCCUACCUCAUCUGUACGGCACAACUCCAUCCGUCGUCAGAUAAACUUGUCCAAUCCAGACUUCAACCCUGCUCAGUUCCAGCGUCAAGAGUCACUGUCUGGUUUGGGCCGAAUCAAACCAGAACUCUACAAACAGCGAUCGGUGGAUACAGAAGAUGGACGUUGCACAGACAACUGUGGGCGUCUCCUCUUCGUUCUGAAGUUUGACUUUGACCUAGAGCAGCUGAUUGUGAAGAUCCACAAGGCUCAGGAUCUUCCGGCAAAGGACUUCUCAGGGACCUCUGACCCUUAUGUCAAGAUCUACCUGCUGCCUGACCGCAAAACCAAGCACCAGACCAAGGUGCACCGCAAAACACUCAACCCAGUGUUCGAUGAGGUGUUUCUCUUUCCUGUGGCGUACGCCGAGCUGUCAAGCCGUAAACUGCACUUCAGCAUCUACGACUUUGACAGGUUCUCUCGCCAUGACUUGAUUGGCCAAGUGGUUGUGGACAACUUCCUGGAUCUUGCCGACUUUCCCCGGGAGACAAAGCUGUGCCGGGACAUACAUUAUGUAACCUCGGACAAUGUGGACCUAGGAGAGCUGAUGUUCUCAUUGUGCUAUCUCCCCACGGCUGGCAGACUCACCAUCACCAUGAUCAAGGCCAGAAAUCUCAAAGCCAUGGACAUCACUGGAGCUUCAGAUCCAUAUGUGAAAGUGUCCUUGAUGUGUGAAGGCCGGAGGCUAAAGAAGAGGAAGACAUCAACCAAGCGUAACACUCUAAACCCAUUGUACAAUGAAGCCAUUGUGUUUGAUGUUCCUCCUGAGAACAUCAACCAGAUCAGCCUGCUCAUAGCUGUCAUGGACUAUGAUCGGGUCGGACAUAAUGAAGUGAUCGGGGUAUGCAGGGUGGGCAAUGAGGCUGAGAGCCUGGGGCGAGACCACUGGAAUGAGAUGCUGACAUACCCACGGAAACCCAUUGCACACUGGCACCCGCUAAUGGAGUGGGUCGGACAGGGAGCGACGGGGAAUGGAAGCCAAGUAGGAUCCACCAAUUCCCUGAAGCUACCACCAUCCCCAUGACCACACACACACACACACACACACACACACACACACACACACACACACACACACACACACAAGGUGCAAGGUGUGACUAACAAGCAACUACAGUAGCAGCAUCAGCUAAAAGCCAUUACUCAAGCUGUUAUGUCAUUAGACUGAACAAGGCUUUAGUGUGCUAAAACUGCUGCAAAAGUUAAUACCCACUUCUUACCUCCUCAUUUGUCUUCACAACCAAAACUCACUUAACUACAUUCCAACUGAACUACUAGUACUUUGAUUUGUCAUUUUUAGUUGUUACUGACAGUAUUAAAAGGUUGAGAUUAUCUAACAGGUCAAGCUAUUUUUAACAAAUUUUUGUGGACCAAAAUCAUUAUGUUUUAGGCCAAUGUAUGAAGCUGUAGCUUGUGAUUUAUGUAUGUGAUCAGGUAUCAUAGAUGUAGGAAGAGAUAAGGCCCAAACACAUUGAAAGCAUCUGACACGUGUGUUUUUGUUUUAAAUGGCAUAAUGCAGACCAAAAGCAUUAUGAGGUGUGUGAUGUGCCUACUCCGACCUUUUUUCCAUUUUGGAGCUUCUAAUGAGGACCCAGCAACCGAAGCAGUUUUUUUCUGCAGUACCUGUUUGGUGAGAGCUAAAAGAAAUAAAAAGGUAAGGAUGUUUUCCCAGAGGACAAUACUUAAUUAAAUACCUUUUUAAUAAUAACAUUUGAGAAACUGCCGUCCCUAGAGUCUGGCAAGCUAAAUGUAGGCUAGUGGAUAUUAGGAGUUUCUUCAAAAAAGCUGGAGGGUUGGGUUGUCUGGGGAGAGUCACGGAACAGGAUGUAUUAGAUUGGGCCAGACUGAUGCGGAGAAUAACCCCAGCACCACAGCGUCUCCCUCCUUCCCCUCUCUCGCCGUGUACACGACAGGCAGUGAGUGACUGAGUUAGUGUAGUUACAGCCAUCUGUGUCAUCAGGUCAUUUUGUCAGGGGGUAUCUGUAGUAGGCUAUACAAAAAUGUUGCUUAAAUAGCGCCCUUUUCCUAAAAUACUGCUGGUUCUGUGUUGUUGGCAUUUCAAAUCUGAUGCUGGGAGUUGAAGGAAAAAGUGUGACUGUUGACCGGUUCUGGUCUGGCCUAAAAUGGCCA